AGAUAGAGGAAGAAAGAGGGAGAGGAAGAGAAAGAGAGAAGAGGGAGAAUAAAGCGCGUGCGAGAACCACAUAUAAUACAUAACCGAGAGCACCGGCAGUGUAAAUCACCCCUCACGACCAAAAGGACCGCGAAGACGUCACAACGAAGCCUCGUGCGAUGUUGUCACUCGCGAAUUGCUGUUGGUGUCUUAAACCUAAAACCUUGUGAGAUUCUUAUCUGUUUGUUCGCUGAUGUAACAUUGAAUUUCGUGAAUGUACGAACUUGUCGAAUAUCACCAAAAUCCUCGAAUUGCGAGAUUACAACACAAACACAUCAGAAUUCUUAAAUGACAUGACAUACAAGAGUCAUUCAUACGCGUAACUUACGUUGAUUCGCGAAAAAUUGCAACAUAUAUUUAAUAUAUAUAAUAUUCAUCAUUCUACGAAAGAAAUCUACGUGCUGAAUGAGGCGAUAAGUCGCGUUAUAUCCACUUUCUUCAACGGUGCGACAGCACGAUCGUGUUCAUGAUCGACUCGGUUCUAAUGUUGAUGAAUGGAAUUUUAAUCUUACGGAAAAAGUUCUCAUUAUAUUACUAUGCUCUAUUAGAACAUGUUACGUGAAUUUUUAAAGAGCAUAUGAAAAGAUCGAACAUACUCCAAUACCCAAGAGAUGAAUAUACUGUCAAGCUGAGAGAACGAUAAGCUUAUUAUCAGUCAGCUUUAAGUGAGCCGAGAUUGAUCGUGUAAAAAUAACCGGUGUAUGACAGAAAAAAAGAAAAAAAAAGAAAGAAAAGAGAAUCUCAUAGCGAGAAUGUACAUAAAGUGUACUUCAGCGAUUAUCGGUGUACAAUUCGUAAUCGCGAAGACCGCCUUCUUGGGGAUAAAUUUCGAUGUAUUUUAUAUGGUCGCUUACCUCGACUACUAAAAAUGUACGCGGAAGUUAUCAUUGUACCGGGUGAUUGGCGAGCGGAUUGUUUGUAAUAAGAUCAGAUGAUGACGGAUUCGCCGACACCUUCGACCAGCAGACAUCACGACGAUAAAUACGACAAGCCUGAGAAACCCGAUAAGGCAGUGUUAUUGCAAAUUCAAGACAUAAACAGUCAAGUAGCACAGUUUCGAGAUUUGCUCAUUAAUAUCGGACAAUCGCGCGAUUGUCCGGAGUUACGCGAAAAAAUACGAAAAAUGCGUCGUAACUGUGUGGAGACUUGCAAACAUACCUCUCAACUGGUACUGCCACAUGUGCGAAGCGCUAUGGACGUCGGAAUACCGGUGGAUAGCCCGAAUUUAGUAUUGUUGUUUUAUGUGGCGCAACUUUUCUUACGUGAACUGCAUAAAAGCAAAAAUCUUAUACGAAUCAUACCUAUGGACAUGUCCGGAUAUUACGAGAGCCGUACCGGUCCUUCGUAUAUCAGCAAUGUGGUUUCGCAGAUCCUCUUGUGCAAACAGAUUAGACCAGACUUCAAUGAAGAGGAACUUUGUAGCAUUCGAAAGGACUCGGAAGAGAUCAGCAAACUGAUAGCAGAGCUACAAGAAUUUAUGCCGCAAUCCGAGGCUGACACGGAGAAACUCGUGGCCCUUCACAACCCAGGGAACAAAAUCAAUCGAAACAACGGGAUACGGAGAAUGCACCAAUGGAACAGCAAUACGGAACGACAAUCAUCCUAUUUCCGCAAUGGUUUUAGGUUUUUAUGCUGUGCCGCGAGCACAAAUUACGUUUAACGUAUAAUUCGUUUUACUUCGUUCUUAAAAGUGAUAUUUUUAUUUAUAUGUAAAUAAUGAUACAAUAAUACAAUAAUUCUGAUGCUAGAUUUCUCAAAUGAAAAUAGAAAUUAAUUGUAUUUGGAUUCUGACCAUGAACAAGACAAUUGUUAAGGGCACAUUUGUUUAAUUUAGGAAGUACUUAAAAAAAGCAAAUGCCAGCUGCGAAAAUUUAGUGCCACUAAAAAAAUUUCAAGAUAAUUCUUUUCUGAAAGUACUUUGAGAAUGCACAUAAUAUAUUGCUAAUGCCCAGAAUCUUAAAUAAUCAUUUGCUAGCAGGGAUCUACAAUUGAGAGUAUAAUUUCUAUUAAUAGUAAAGACGGAGAAAGAUCAUAUAAAUAUGGAUACGGAAACAUUUUCUUUGUAAACUUUUUAUUUGUUACAAGAAUUUGUAAGAAUAUACACAUGAUUGAAGAUAUGACAUUAACGUAGAAGUUUCUCUUUUGACUAAAAAAGGCUACUGAAAUAGGUUCCCUCAUGCUAUUAUAUAUUAUAUACUUUAGUUUGAUAUCUCAUUGAUUAU